AUGUUCCAACUACCCAGAUUCAAGAUCCCAUUCUUUGGUGGGCAAGGCAGCUCUCCGAGCGACAGCCAGCGUGCAGAUUGUCGUUUUGUCAAGCUAGCGUCGGUCCCGAUCCACGAUGUCGAGACGUCUGCAGACAGGAGGGCGCGCUCUCUGAAGCACCUGCUCAAGGCGAAUCACGCGAACCAUUCGAUCCUCUACAACCAGCUCCGCUUCCACAACCAUGCACCGCACCUUCUGGGGUCAGCAUACCUCCUCGGAGCUUCGCACGAGGAGUUGCAUGACAUAUACGAGAAGGAGGCGGAAGAGCUUGAACCGUGGAGCGACUCGCCGGGAGAGAUAUCCAAGGAUGACUGGAGAGGUUUUCUGGGAAAGAGAGAGUACCAACGAGCAUUUGUCGACUUCUUCGAAGACCAGCUAGUUGCGAAGAGGUACGAUUGGAAGCUGCUACUCGAUGAGUAUCUUUUUCAAGGAAGAGAACCCUUGAUCAAUGGCAUCAUUGCAGGGCUUGCCCAUCCUCUGAUUCACCUGGGCUAUGCAUACGAGCUCAACUCGCGAACGGUAGCUAUCGAGGCACUUGCCCUAGCGGCCUGCUGCUACAAUUCUCUUCACAAGUACAUUGACGACCCUGCAUAUACGAAACCAGGCGAAUUCCGCUCCCAGUCGCUGCUCGAUAUCCUAAACAAGGUUCGAGAGGAUAAGAGGUUCGAUGGCCUCUACGAUCAUCGUAGCGGAGACAUAUCCAAAGUGCUUGUGGACAAGGAAGGGCCUUUGCUUGAGUACUGGAACGCGUGGGAGCUGACGGAUCCGACGGCUCAGUUCAGGGAGCUGCAGAGGACAGCGACGGCCGUCUUUCUCGCGACGGAGCCGCCGGCAUCGGCGAAGUUUGACUUCUUCCUCGUGCACUUGCUGACAUCGUCACAUGCGGUGCGUAUCUUGUUGCCAUUGGUUCCGCACGAGCACCACGUCAGCCUCCUACGCCAAUGGUGGCUCUUCACACUCGCUGUGUAUAUCGCACAGACACGGCCUGCGAUUGACUUGGAGCUCAUUGAGGGUUACGGGAGAUUGAGAGAUUGGGAGUCAAUACGGGUCGCGGCGGUCAGCGGGGAGCACCGUUCGGAUGCACAUUUCGUCAAGGCAUUGCGGGCAAUGGGGGUAGCCAACGAGACGUGGGCCGACGAUGAAGGUGAUCUCUUCUACCAGAAAGCAGCGUCAAAGUUCUGCAACGAGUUUGAGCACUGGGGAGGGUUUGGAACCGCCGAUGAUGUCACGUAUCCCGAAUUCGAAUAA